ACAGUUUUUGGGACCCAUCUGCAAAACCCUUCUUUCCCAUUUGCAACUGUUUUGUUGCACUGCUACCUUCCCGAGUUUUGGUUAUUUCGCUACCUCACAAAUUACUUCGCGCUCCCAAAUAUAUAUCAUAAACCUUGAACCGACCAACAUCAAACUACUCGGGCAGACCGUGUAACCAUCUUGGAAAAUGGCGAGCUUAUUUGGACUGGGCUCUUCUGCCGACAUUGAGGUCGUUUUAAAUGAUGAGGAUAAGCGAAAACUUGUCGAAGUAAAGGUGGAUAAGGACAAGAAAGCAAAGUAUCCUCUGUAUUUCGAUGGUGAAUCGGUUAGCGGGAAGGUACAGAUCCGCGUUCGGGACGGCAAGAAGGUGGAACAUCAAGGAAUAAAAAUCGAAUGGGUCGGGCAUAUAGAAUUAUUCUAUGACAGAGGAAAUCACUAUGAGUUCUCAUCUCUGGCACAAGAAUUAGCUGCUCCUGGAGAGCUACGGUCGAGCGCAACAUAUGAUUUCGAGUUCAAAAAUGUAGAAAAGCAGUAUGAAAGCUACUUUGGGAUUAAUGUGAAACUAAGGUACUUUGUCAGGGUGACCGUGUCUCGCCGUCUCUCCGAUAUCAUAAAAGAGAAGGAUGUUUGGGUAUAUUCCUACCGAAUGCCACCCGAAGUGAACAAUUCGAUUAAGAUGGAGGUCGGCAUCGAAGAUUGCCUUCAUAUUGAAUUUGAAUAUAAUAAAUCCAAGUACCACCUGCGGGAUGUCAUCGUUGGCAAGAUUUAUUUCUUAUUGGUUCGAAUUAAGAUAAAGUACAUGGAAUUGUCCAUCAUUCGACGGGAAACCACAGGCGCAGCACCAAAUCAGUACAAUGAAAGCGAAACAGUCACCAAGUUUGAGAUUAUGGACGGUGCUCCAGUGAGAGGCGAAACGAUUCCCAUUCGACUUUUUCUGAGCGGAUUUGAACUAACACCGACAUACCGAGAUGUAAAUAAAAAGUUCUCAACGCGAUAUUACCUGAACUUGGUUCUGGUAGACGAGGAGAACCGAAGAUAUUUCAAGCAACAAGAGAUUACGCUCUAUCGACUAAAGGAGGAUUCAGAAGAGCAAAACGAGAUUGCCGGGGGCGCAUCAGCAGCGGGGCUAAGCACGUACACGGGACGACGAUAGCCGUUCAAAUCCCUUCCGUGGUCAUAAUUACUGCCUCCAUGGAGCCAGAUAGACAUUUUAAUGUGAUCCGCUUCGCCCAGCAAUUCGCGCUCAUUAAAUCAGAUCCCGUGCACAGCGAGAUUCUUAAUGGUGAUAAUCGUUAUGGAAUAACGCAAAGAAGGGGCGAUCUUGUGUAUCCUUAUGUGACUAAUAUCAUUCUGCUAAUGAGAGGUUCACCCAAAAUUGCAUAUAAUUCUUUUACUUCUUCUUUGGCUUCGCUGUACACUGGCGUUUCCUGAAAAGAUACAUUUUGCCUCA